AUGGCCCCGCACGGCGAAGCAGACAGCAGCGACCGUCCAGCCAAGAAGCUGCGAGCGGCUGCCGAGGCGGUCAUCGACGUGCUCCAGCACGAGGAUCAAUCCGAGGCGCACCGCAUCUUCCGCGCACACCCGGGCCACAGCGGCAAACGCGGUCGCAAGGUCGCCGCCGCCGACAAGCCCGACUCGGCGUCGUCGACCAACGAGGUCGGCGAGCGCUUCCCUGCCAUCGAGCAUCCCGGCUCCACGGGCGUCAUCUACGUCACCGAUCGCGCCACCAGCAAUGGCUUCUACUACGGCAACCCCGAGUGGGCCAACAUGGGCCAGGGCGCGCCCGAGGUCGGCGACAUCGAGGGCGGCGUCCCGCGCUCGCUCCAGUUCGACCUCUCCGAGUUUGGGUCCGCCGUGCACGAGUAUGCGCCCAACACGGGCACCAUGGCGCUGCGCAAGGCCGUCGCCAACUACUACAACCACACCUUCCGACAGAAACACGCCAACAAGUUCGACCAUUCCAAUGUCUGCAUCGUUCCGGGAGGGCGUGCGGGCAUGACGAGGCUCGCGGCGGUCAUCGGCUCCAUCAACUGUGGAUAUCAGCUGCCAGAGUACACUUCGUACGAAAGCAUGCUGUCGGCGUUCAAGAGCCUUGUCCCAAUUCCUACCGUGCUGUCGGAGGAGAACAAGUACCACCUUGGAAACGAAGAUCUGCGCAAGGAGAUCCGUGGACGCGGACUGAGCGCCAUGAUCAUGUCGAACCCGCGCAAUCCUACGGGCACACUUAUCCAGGGCGAGGAGCUCAAGCAGCUCGUCGACACGUCCAAGGAGUUAGGCUGUACGAUCCUGCUCGACGAGUUUUACUCUUGGUACAUGCACGAAGGUCCGCUGGGUCGAGCCAAUUCAGCUGCCGAGUACAUUGACGACAUCAACGAUACGCCCGUCGUGCUCAUCGAUGGUCUGACCAAGGGCUGGCGUCUUCCCGGCUGGCGUGUGUGCUGGGUGGUGGGACCGAAGGACAUCAUCACUGCGCUCAACCAGUCUGGCAGCUUCCUCGACGGCGGCACCUCGCAUCCGAUGCAAUGCAUGGCGCUGCAGAUGCUCGACAUCGACCGUUGCAACCAGGACCGCAUUGCGCUCCAGAAGCUCUUCCGCCACAAACGCCAGCACGUCCUCGCCCGACUCAAGAAGAUGGGCCUCGAGGUCAAAGUUGAACCGCAAGCCACGUUUUACAUCUGGCUCAGCCUGGCGUCUCUGCCCGCACCGCUCAACUCUGGGCUGGUCAUGUUCGAGGAGCUGCUGCGCGAAAAGACGAUCGUCGUACCCGGACUGGCGUUCGACAUCAAUCCGGCCCAUAGGAGGAAUAUCGUGCACAGCCCGUGCGAAAAGUUCAUCCGCAUCUCCUACGGUCCCGACCUCGCCCAGAUCGACCGUGGCCUCGAUGCGCUCGAGCGUGUCAUUGCCAAAGCCCACCCUUCCCACGCCGACAACGCCACCCUAGGCAAGGGCUUCGCUCCCACCAAAACCACCCAUGCCGACGUCAAACAUGACUGA